UUUCCAUCCCAAGGCCUCUGGAGAUGUCUUACAUCCUCCUAAUGCUGAGAAGCGUUCAGUUUAACAAUCUUAGUAGAGUGAAGCUACUAUUGCAGGUGCAACAUGCAAGUAAACAAAUUGCUGUAGAUAAGCAGUACAAAGGCAUAGUGGAUUGUAGAGUCCGAAUUCCAAAGGAACAAGGGGUCCUUUCCUUCUGGUGGGGUAACUUAGUAAAGGUCAUCAGAUAUUUCCCCACCCAGGCCCUUAACUUUGCCUUUAAGGAUAAGUAUAAGCAGGUGUUUUGGGGAGGAGUGGACAAGCACACACAGUUUUGGAGGCAUUUUGCUGGCAAUCUUGCCUCUGGUGGUGCAGCUGGAGCCACUUCCCUCUGCUUUGUCUACCCCUUGGAUUUUGCUAGAACCGGCUUGGCAGCUGAUGUUGGGAAAUCUGGCACUGAGAGAGAAUUCAAAGGUCUGGGAGACUGUCUUGACACCAAGUCUGAUGGAAUUCGUGGCUUGUAUCAAGGUUUCAAUGUCUCAGUGCAGGGUAUCAUUAUCUAUAGAGCAGCUUACUUCGGAAUCUAUGACCCAGCAAAAGGUAUGCUCCCAGAUCCCAAGAAUACUCACAUUGUGAUAAGUUGGAUGAUUGCUCAAACAGUGACUGCUGUAGCAGAUGUGGUCUCCUAUCCCUUUGAUACAGUAAGGCUGCGAAUGAUGAUGCCGUCUGGAUGCAAAGGAGCUGAUAUCAUGUACACUGGAACAGUUGACUGCUGGAGAAAGAUUGCUAAAGCUGAGGGUGGCAAAGCUUUCUUCAAGGGUGCAUGGCCCAAUGUUCUUAGAGGCAUGGGUGGAGCUUUCUGGCUUGUCCUGUGUGAUGAAUUCAAGAAAGUAAUCUAAGUACACCCUAACUAAAGGAACCAGUGAAUAUAGAUCUUGUAGAAUACUUAGCCAUACUUGGCAUUUUGGACUAUUGACCUUCAAGAAAUUCCUGUUGUCUUUUUAUCCAGGCCAGAUCAUGUGAUGGGAGCCAGGAAAUGCUCCUAGAAAAAGGGGCUCAUUUAUUGUGAUCCAUUAUUCACACAGUGGAACUGAUGUUGAUUCAGUAUAUUGAUUCCACUGGUUUUUUGGGAUAUAACAGUUACUGUGGGUCCAAGGAGGCAGAUCAACUUAGACCAUCUAGUUUAAAUGCUCUCUUGUAGGACCAUAAAUUUGUGUUUAAGUAUUUAUUU